CCCGGGCUGCCCUCCCCCAACGUAGGGGUUUCCCCUUAUGGGGACUACGAGCCCAGUUACCCGGCCCCGGGGCAAGCCCCCCCACCACCUGAUGACCCGCCCCCUCACCGUGAUUCUCGGAGCCUGUGUCCCCGUCACCUACCCGGAGCCGCGGCUCCCCCUAAUCCACGCGACCGUGACCACAUCCAGAUUCCCGGCAAACGCGGACACCUCUGCCGACCAGAUGAUUUCGCUGCUGCCAUCUCAGUGCCCGGCAGGAGGCCCCUUUUCCUCUUCUGCACCUGGGUCCUUGUCCUAUGGUUCCGUGGACGAUCCACUCACACACACACACACACACACACGCACACCCGGCCCGGGUGACCCCUGAGGUCAUAGGGCCACAUAUAACUCCCUAUUCCUCCGAACUCCUUCCCGGUGGCUGUGCCUGGGAAUCCCUUUUUCCCAGGCUGGGCCCUUGUCAUUGGGCCUAGCAGGCCCUGUCCCGUGCACACCCUACCCACAUACACCAGGCACCCUCAGACUCUUCUGACUGGUUUCAUUGCCGCUGUCUUGGGGACUGUUUUAGCUUCUCCAAAAUUACACACCCAACCCCCAGCCUGGCAACUUUUCAUCACCUGGACUCCAGUGACUCCCUCUUCCCUGCACACCCACACUCACCUAGCCUAAGGAUACCCAAGGGGAGUGUGUGAUAACUCGGCCUCCCAGCCCACGUACCCUUUGUCUCCGAUCCCGCUCUCUCUGUGAUCACCUCCCUGGCAUCUUACCAUCUGAAUUCAAAAGCUGCUGCUCCUUCCCCCAACACUCGCACCUGGCCUGGGAUGCACCUGGCCUGGGAUUACCCCAGCCAGUCUGCUUUCUUUGUUAUGUCCCACAGGACCGCCCCCCCCCAAAUCCCCCAGCUAGAGGGCGUCAGAUCUUCACCCUCCCCACACACCUGACGAAUGGUACCCCACCACACACUUUGUGUCUCUUGAGCUGGCAAAUUGGCCUCUUUUGUGCUUCUCCUGAUAUGAUACUUAUAUAGCUCCUAAGGGGUCAUCCGGGUAGGAGGGGGCACCCCCCCCACACAUCAGGGCAUUGCAGUCAUUCUCUGCUCACCCAGCCUGACCAUCCCCAACCCCUGUGUGCGGUCCUCUCCUUGUCCUUUCCUCUUCUGACUUGGGGUAAUAGUGUGGGCUCCUCCCUGGGGCAGAAAGCCCUCCUAGGACUGGAGGUUCCCUACUGGGCUCUGCAGUGCUGCCUCCGCUAGCCCCAGCACGGUCGAGACAGGGCUGGGUAUGGGGCCAGGGGUCCCUUAUGCGGGGGGCUGUCCCAGGUACACAGUGAGGCACGGUGAGGCCCAUGGCGGGCAGGUCCCUGAGGAGCCCCCUCCAGGCAUCUGUGUCUGUGUCAGCUCCAUCCAUCCUCCCGGUCCUGCCAUUUCUGUCGGUUUCUACCCGUCUCUGCAGUUUGGAGCCUCGCGCCUCCCCCCUCUUCCUCAUUAUGAUUUGAUUUCUUUUCUUUUGAACAAAUCAGUUGUUUCUGUUGUGAUUUAUCGUGGUGUUGUUUUUUUUUUUCUUCCUUUUCCCCAUCCAGUUAUUGUGAUCACUCUAAGCCCUGCUCCUGCCCCGUCCCAACGAGCAGCCCUCCAGCUCCCGCUGGCCAAUGAUGGGGGCAGCCGCUCACCGUGCUCCGAGAGCUCCCCACAGCACCCCACACCCCCUGCCCGGCCCCGCAACAUGCUGGGGCUUCCAUCAACCUUGUUCAUGCCCCGCAGCAUGGAGAGCAUUGAGAUUGACCAGAAGCUACAGGAGAUCAUGAAGCAGACCGGCUACCUGACCAUCGGGGGCCAGCGCUACCAGGCCGAAAUCAACGAUCUGGAGAACCUGGGGGAGAUGGGCAGCGGCACUUGCGGCCAGGUGUGGAAGAUGCGCUUCCGGAAGACGGGCCACGUGAUCGCCGUCAAGCAAAUGCGGCGCUCGGGGAAUAAGGAGGAGAACAAGCGGAUCCUCAUGGACCUGGACGUGGUGCUCAAGAGCCACGACUGCCCCUACAUCGUGCAGUGCUUCGGCACGUUUAUCACCAACACGGACGUCUUCAUCGCCAUGGAGCUCAUGGGCACGUGCGCCGAGAAGCUCAAGAAGCGGGUGCAGGGUCCCAUCCCCGAGCGGAUCCUGGGCAAGAUGACGGUGGCGAUCGUGAAGGCGCUGUACUACCUGAAGGAGAAGCACGGCGUGAUCCACCGAGACGUCAAGCCCUCGAACAUCCUGCUGGACGAGCGGGGCCAGAUCAAGCUCUGUGACUUUGGCAUCAGCGGACGUCUGGUCGAUUCCAAGGCCAAGACGCGCAGCGCCGGCUGUGCCGCGUACAUGGCGCCGGAGCGCAUAGACCCUCCGGACCCCACCAAGCCAGACUAUGACAUCCGGGCCGACGUAUGGAGCCUGGGUAUAUCCUUGGUGGAGCUAGCGACCGGACAGUUUCCCUACAAGAACUGCAAGACAGACUUUGAGGUCCUUACCAAAGUCCUCCAGGAAGAGCCCCCGCUCUUGCCCGGGCACAUGGGCUUCUCAGGGGACUUCCAGUCCUUUGUCAAAGACUGCCUUACUAAGGAUCACAGGAAGAGACCAAAGUAUAAUAAGCUACUUGAACACAGCUUCAUCAAGCGCUACGAAAUGCUGGAGGUGGACGUGGCAUCCUGGUUCAAGGACGUCAUGGCGAAGACCGAGUCACCGAGGACGAGUGGAGUCCUGAGCCAGCACCACCUGCCCUUCUUCAGGUAGCCACGUGGUGGCGGCCAGCCCCACUGGGGGCCAGGGGCAUGGCCACAGGCCCCCCUUCCCCAUCUGGUCACCCAGCUGCCCGCCAGGGGAGACCUGGGACCUGGACAGCUGCUGAGGGCCGAGGACAGAAAGUAGGGGGGGCGCCGACCCAGCCCCGACCCCCUGCCCACCAGCCGUGGACAGAUGGGCUCGCCAGGCCCCAGCCCCUCCCGUCCCCGGGGUCAGCCGGCCUCCCGGGGUCAGCCGGCCGUGCGCGUCCCCCUGACAGACACUGUGAACGGAAGACAGCAGGCCACGAGCAGACUCGCUAUUUAUUCAGUCGUAACCUCUGGGCUGGGGCGGCCCCCAGGGCCCGGGAGAGAGCCGCCCGUCCCGCCCCUCCCCGCGCAUCCGCCCCUUCCUCCCAGCCCCUUGCCGUGUGCCUGCCCC